UUCAAGUUUUAGAAGCAACUCAUUCCUGACUUUCUUAAAAGAAUGUCCGUCCGCACAACUUCUACUGUUCCUACCUUAACUACUGUGUUAUACAGGUAUGUUAUCCAGUGUCACAGGAAAGCAAGAAGAUUCCCAGCUUUGUUAUUAUUCACAAAUAACAACGGAAAGAAAUGCUGGUCGUCGUUUGUUAAAAAGUGGAACACAUGUGAAGCAUUGACAUUGCGUGUGUCCCUGGCGACUCCUCCAGCAUUAAUCGAAACGGGCUUAAUUCAAAAGAAAUUACUCAGCAAUCAAACACCCAUCGAUUACAACACACAAUGCUGGAAAUGUCAUAAAACUAGAAGUCCGAACAAAGAUAUUUUCUUCUGCUUUUGUGGUGCUAUUCUUUCGCCUUCCAAGAACCUCACAUAUUUCAAAUUACUAGGACUUGAGGAAGGUUUUGAAAUCGAUAGUGACAUCCUGACACGACGAUAUAAAGAUUUGCAAAGAAUUCUUCACCCUGACAAGUUCAGUCAAAAAUCAGAGAUGGAAAGAACAUUUUCAGCUGAACAGUCUUCCCUGGUCAAUCUUGCAUACACCACUUUGCUCAAGCCAUUAUCUCGUGGUCAGUAUUUGUUGGACAUAAACGGGACUUCUCUAGAUGAAACCACACAAAGUAAUGACUUUGAUUUCUUAUCCAAUAUCAUGAAAACCAAUGAAGAUUUGGAGAAUGUAACUAAUGUUGAAGAGCUUCAGAUUAUCGAAGAUCUUAAUAUACGGAAUUUGAACCAGUGCUAUGAGAUUUUAUCUGAAGCAUUCCGUCAAAAGGACUUAGUUGGUGCCAAAGAGGUUCUGAUGAAGUUGAAAUAUUUCGUAAACAUAGAUGAUAAAAUUAAAGAAAUGGAACUGUAUGAAAGUUUAUGAUUAAUAGUUUCAAAUAGAAUUUCUCUUUCAAAAAAUGUUACAUAGUCUUCAAAGGAACAUUCAUAAUUUCAGUUACCACUUCAAGAUGUUUAUUCAGAAUAGUGUUGUUUUGAAAGCUAACUCACAUUCUCAUUGUAGGAGAUGUAUAAAGUGGUAUUCCAAUAAUCAUGUAAUCUAUCAUUCUAAAUAUUACUCUUUCAAUUUGGGACACACACACAUAUAUAUAUAUAUAUAUAUAUAUAUAUAUAUAUAUAUUAUUUAUAUAUAAAGCUUUGUGAGUGGAUUUGGCAGAUGGAAACUGAAAGAAGCCCAUCGUAUAUAUAUAUAUAUAUAUAUAUAUAUAUAUAUGUAUGUAUAUUUGUGUGUCUGCGUUUGUCCCCCCACCAUCGCUUGACAACCGAUGUUAGUGUGUUUACAUCCCGGUAACCUAGUGCUUUGGCAAAAGACACUGAGGAAAUAUGUACUAGGCUUACAAAGAAUAAGUUGUGGGGCUGAUUUGUUCAACUAAAGGUGGUGCUCCAGCAUGGCCACAGUCACAUGACUGAAACGAGGAAAAGAAUAAUAUAUAUAAUAUAUAUACACACACAUACAUGAGUAUGUUAUAUGUACUUAGUAUUGAUUUAAUUAAAAAUUUUAUCAUAAUUAUUGAUCAUUUAGUAAUUUAAUACAUGGAGCAUACAUGUAAUCAUAUGCAUACAUAUAUGAAAUCUGUGUACUUUUAUUUUCUGUAUAUAAUCGAAACAUUAAAUAUAUAACAUAGAUGUAAAUCACAUGUAAUUCAUAUAUGUAUAUAAUGAACAUACUUGUCAUCCCUCUCCAUAUGUAUUCCCCUCCCUCUCCAUAUGUAUUCCCCUCAAACACUUUUUUCCUAAUAUAUAAUCUAAUAUCUAAUCUAUAUAUGUGUUAGCUUGUAAAAUAUAGAUGUUUUCAAUCUAGUUUGGAUUCUUUGCCAUCAAAUUUGAUUACAAAGAAUUCAAAUUUGAUGGCAAAGAAUCCAAACUAGAUCGUAAACAUCUAUAAUUUUUAACUUGCUAGCUUUAAAAAUUGCAAUUUAUUAAAUUUACCAAUUUAUGUGUAAUAUUCCAUAGUUUAGACUAGUCCUCUCGUUCCAUUACUAUUCUUAUUCAAUCUUGCACCUUUCUAUUUUUCAAAACAAGGAAGGAUGCAAUAUAGAGAGAUUUGACUGCAAUUAGGGAAACCUCGUAUAUCUUUCCUCAUAUACUUAUACUUAUAUCAGUUGAGUCAAUUACUUCUGAAUAACAGAUAUUGUUUUCAAGUGAAGGUGGCGAGCUGGCAGAACCGUUAGCACACCGGGCGAAAUGCUUAGCAGUAUUUCAUCUGCCAUUACGUUCUGAGUUCAAAUUCUGCCGAGGUCGACUUUGCCUUUCAUCCUUUCGGAGUCGAUAAAUUAAAUACCAGUUAUGCACUGGGGUCGAUGUAAUCGACUUAAUCCCUUUGUCUGUCCUUGUUUGUCCCCUCUAUGUUGUGGGCAAUAAAGAAAUAAGAUAUUGUUUUCAAGUGAUUCGCUUCUACUGUUACUCUUAUAUUUCAAACAGCUGAUCGAUUUUCAAAAAGUAGUUUACUGUGCAUGCUCACUGGAGGUUUAUCUUAGGUUUCUUCUUCUAUAUUCUGUUCAGUUUCCAUAUGAGAUAAUCCACAAUGUAAGAGAUGCUGUACACUCGCCAUUGGUCAGUCUGCUUUUACUACUGUCCAUGACAAAGUCAGCAGCUUCACUAUCUCUUGCUAGACUAUUAUCAGGUUGUGAUAGUUGUCUUUUAUAAAGCUCCUCCCCCAGUAUGAGAGAGCAAUUGGUCAUUAAAAACAUCAUCUCAGAUUAAGUCAUUGUUUAGUGUCCGAUCAUCCCCAAUUGAGGUGGUCUCUGAUUAGACAUAUUUCAGCAGUGAUAUUCUCAUCUACGGUAUAACUAGAACUACAUUAUCCAAUGUUUUCCAUUUUUAAGAUGAAAUCACAUGAUUUAAGUAUGUCAAGCAGCCAUGGAGAGCUUUUUUGUAUUUUUUUGUAGCUCAUUCAAAUGAAGUGUGUAGUGCUAUGUAUUAAGAGUGGAAAUUAUAAAGCAAAAUGGUUAAGUUAGAUAUGAGGAAUUUGGGUCUCGUAAAUAAAAUGACAUGGAAUUGAGAUUAAUUUACAAUAUGUUCUGUUAUAGAUCUGGCCAGCCCAUAGAUGUUAAAAGGCUGAUUAGAAUGAUAAUACUAUAAUGCACAACAUUCAAAAAUAUAAUAGUUAAACUACAUUUAUCACAAUAGUAAGACCAACUUCUCAAAUUGUCUUAAGUGGAUCUCAUCCUACAGAUUUAUGGGUUUUUUUUUAACAAUACAUCAUAUAGUAAAUGAUGGAUGAUUUAAAUGAACUACAAAAAACAAUUAUGGAAAGAUACUGUGUGGAGACAUGAAGGGACAGGCUCUGAUUAUUUGGAGCAUGCAAAGGAAAGGCUGCAUGUGAAAAAUCCUUUUUGAGUAUGAUGCAAAUCUGUAACUAAAUCACAGAGAAGAUAUGGGCCCUUUCUUGCCCACUUCGAGAUUUGAAUUAUUCAUGAACACUUUCAGGACAGAUUAUACACUGUACCUAAGUGAGAUAGGGAGAGGGUGGGGGACUAGGAAGAUUAUCAGAAUUGGGGAGAGACCUGAUCUAACCUUGUAGGUUGUGAAUUGUCUUUGUUUAUAUAUUCAUUUAAUUAUUUUGUGUAGUUAAAGAAUCAUUAACGUGCUUCUUUACCCCUCUACUUGUUUUAUAUAACUUUUCUUUGUUCAUCCCAAUGUUUUUGUAAUACUCAGUGUACAUUUUAUUGUAUGCAUGAUUGAGCCUUAGCAACUGAACUGAAAAAUUAUUAUUAGAGCAGUAAAGAAGCACUGGAUUGGCAGAAUAAAAUACCUUGUUGUAUUUGUUCUAACUCCUUGUGUUCUGAGUUUCAAUUUA